AUGCAACUAGAUAAAUCUGAAAAACAUUUGACAAAUGUUGAAAAAGAACUAGAAGAAUUACAACAAGGAUAUAAUUGGCGAGUCUGCCAUACGAUUAAAAAUCAAAAAUAUCGAGAAAAGAAUAUAAAUGAAAAAAUAACAACAAAAUAUGCAAAAAAUUCUAAGCAUCAUCAUCGACGACAACAAAAGAAGUCAACAUCAGAUGAAACAAUAGAUAAGAAUAUCUUAUUAUCCGAUCAAUAUUCACGUGAUAUGAAUUUUAAACGAAUGCAAGAAUUAAAUUUUUUAAUUGAUAAUGAAAUUCAAGAUCAAAUUAAAACAUUAAAUUGUUUACAUGCGAAUGUUGAUUUAAAUACACAAAAAUUAAUUGAUACAAACUUUCGUGUUAGACGUACAUUAUAG